AUGGGAACAAAAAUUGAAUAUUCCAUAAAUCCACUAGCAUACUCAGGAGACUGCAACAACUUCACUUUGAGUGGUGUUGAUGCCAGGGAACAUUAUCAAAACAAAGAAGUAAAAGUGAUUAACAAUAAUUUGCAGAAUCCAAUGGACAAGAAGCUUAACAGAAACAACAUAGAAUCCAUCAAAAAGACAAUGCAGAUGCAUGAGGACAUCUUCAAAAACCAGGUAAAGGAACUUCAUAGAGUAUACAAUGUACAAAAAGUGCUAAUGGAUGAGCAAAAAAAUAAAAAAUUUUGGACCCCUAUGAAUGGUAGCAUAGGUAUAAACCAAGGUUAUUUUGUUCAACAACCAACACAAAUUUCAUUUAGCCAUGUCCAAAUUUUGAAAGAGGAUUUAAUGAUAAAGGAAAGAAGUGGAAGCAAUUCAGGAGAUAUGAUGAUAAUAAAAAAAAGAGAAAGUGAUUUUGAUCUUGAAAAGCCAGCAGCAAGUGAUUGUGAUGAUGAUGAAGAUAUGGAAGUGGAUUUAACUUUAUGUAUAGGAGGAAGCAACCAAACAAAGAAUAAGAAGAAAAAGUCUUAUAAUUUGCUUCCAUUACCAAAUUCUUAUGUCUCUUUUCAAUCAGAUAGAAUUGGAGAUUGUAGUGACCCUACCACACCAAUGAGCAGCUCUAGUGUUACAUAUGAUCAAGAUAAAAAGAUGCCACAUUGGUUUUCUCAAGGUUUAAAGCUUAAAUAG